CCCCAUUUACUGGGCUCUAUUAUCAGCGUUACUUGUGUUUUGUGCUUGGUUAAUUUGUUUGGUUUUUUAGUGCAGUGAUUAGGUUUUGAGGGGCAUGUUAAACGUAACAUGGAUCCCGAGAACGAUGUUUAUGCAUUCUAUGAUAUAAUGGGCUUCAAGGGGAAAUGUAGACCGGCGGGACCAAAGAAAUCGCAACAAUUUCUGCAACCGCGAAUGUCACUCCUAGGGAAGCCGCUGAACUAUAAUCGCGGCACACAUCGCCGCGAUGCCCGCUACCGGCGGAUGCAAAGUCGGCUCUACAAUUUCUUAGAGCGACCGCGGGGCCUGCAUGCAAUAUUUUAUCAUGUGAUGGUUUUUCUGAUGGUGUUCACAUGUCUCGCAUUGAGCGUGUUUUCCACCAUCAAAGAAUACGAGGAGGAUGCUGUAUAUAUAUUGUUUCGCAUGGAAAUCAUAGUUGUCAUCUGGUUUACCAUGGAGUUUGGGGCGCGUCUGUGGUCAUCGGGCUGCCGAUCGCGCUACCAAGGCACGCUGGGACGGCUUAAGUUUAUAAAGCAACCGUUUUGUAUUAUAGAUAUUAUCACCAUUUUAGCCUCAAUUGUAGUAUUAGGCAUGGGCACCUCUGGCCAGGUGUUUGCGACGAGCGCAUUGCGUGGUUUAAGAUUCUUUCAGAUACUUCGCAUGGUGCGCAUGGAUCGACGCGGUGGCACCUGGAAGCUGCUCGGUUCGGUUGUAUACGCACACAGACAGGAGCUCAUCACAACCAUGUAUAUUGGAUUUUUAGGUCUCAUCUUUGCAUCAUUCCUUGUUUACAUGUGGGAGAAGGACGUUAACGAGAAGUUCAGCAAUUUUGCACAGGCGUUGUGGUGGGGCGUGAUAACGCUCUGCACCGUGGGCUAUGGCGAUAUGGUACCCAUCACCUGGCAGGGCAAAUUGAUUGCCUCGUGCUGUGCCUUAUUGGGCAUAUCCUUCUUUGCGCUCCCUGCGGGCAUUCUGGGCAGCGGGUUUGCGCUGAAGGUGCAGCAGCAGCAGCGCCAGAAGCACAUGAUACGGCGUCGCCAGCCGGCGGCGACGCUCAUUCAGGCCGUUUGGCGCUGCUAUGCGGCCGAUGAGCAUUCCGUUUCCGUGGCCACCUGGAAGAUACAUCAGGUGGCGCUGCCAAGUCCGCCCGCAUCACGGGCCUCAUCCAGUUUUAAGCACAACACAUCCUUUGUGGCCCGCCUGCCGACAAUAAGGCGUCACAAGAGCCAGACCAUCCAAACACCCGGACCGGAUGGCACCCCCAUGUCCAAGCCGCCGGGCUCGUCGCGAGCCUCCACGCGUUAUACGCGCACCAUACGCGAUAUAAACGCAUCUGUGGAGAACUUGGAGGUAGUACAAAAUGGCAAAUCCAUGAAUCCGAGUUUUAGCGAAGAUUCAGUUGCUGAAACAACUUGCUUAAAAAAUAUAAAAAAUUCAGACGCAGCUAAGCCAACGCCGUCGCCGGCACAGCUGGCCAAUUGCAUUCAUAGCGCCAGCCUGGGCACACUGACUUCGGCCCCAGAGCAUCCAGCUGCCGCUAAGCCGAGGGUCGAGGCUAGCUCUAAUACACUGACCAUACCCGUGGUGCUUUGCGGCUUUUUGCACGGUGAUUUUUUUGGCUCAACAUUUUCGCUGCGCAAUCCGCGCACCGAGGAACUGGAGGCGGGUCGCAUGACGGAGCCGACGGGUAACGGCAAGUGCGGCAAUCCCGGUGCCAGUCCGACGGCCAGUGCGGGUCGAGGACGAACGGGUCGCUUUUUUGCGGCUGCUUCACAUUUUCUGGAAACGGGCACAUUGCAGGGCGGCGGCGGCGAACGGGAGGCGGCAGCGCACGGCGCAUUCUAUGUGGCAAAUGAGGAUGAGGAGCCGCGCUGCACGCAGCUGACAAAUCGGCACAAGAUUGCCAUACGCUUCAUACGCAAGCUCAAGUAUUUCGUGGCACGUCGCAAGUUUAAGGAGGCAUUGAAGCCAUACGAUGUCAAAGAUGUCAUGGAACAAUAUGCGGCGGGUCACGUGGAUUUGCUGGGUCGCGUCAAGAUGCUGCAUUUGCGUCUUGAUCAGAUUCUGGGCAAACAAGGUUCCAAGGCAAAGGAUGUGUAUGCCUCGAAAAUCAGCUUAGCCUCGCGUGUCGUUAAGGUUGAGCGUCAGGUCGUGGAUAUUGAGGAGAAACUCGAUAUACUGAUCAAGGCCUAUAUGGAGGAUCGUGAUAGAUUUUUAGCGCUUCCGUUGCCAGCAAAUCCCAAACCCAAAAUACAUUCCAUUAGCCCUAGUCACAGUCACAAUCUGCAUCACACACACAAUCAGAGCAUGAUCGAUGUGUGGAAGCGAACCGCCACGCUUAGCGUGCAUCCCGAGCUGGUCUCAGCGCCAGCCGGAGCAGCAGCAGGUGCCACAUCUGUGGAUCGUCUGGACAGCAAUGAGACGGCGCUGACCUCCACACAGACGGUGACAACCACAACGGAUGCGAUUGCCACACAAACACCCAUGCCGCAUACACAGCAUACAGCGACCAAUACAAAGUCUUCCGUGCUUAACCCAUAUCAGCUAACGCCUGAGAAGCAACAGCACAAUGAUGUAUUUAUGACUGAUUUAGAGAAUAGAACUAAAAAACGCGUUACUUUAAGCCUGCAUAGAUCCACAUCGGAGCCAUAUAGCAAACACGAGCAACGCAUCAAUAUGCCAGAUGAGGGCGCACAAUCCUUGGAUUCCGGUGCGAAGCCAACGCCGCCAGAUAGUUCAAUUAUACUCAUUGAUGAGUAUGAGGACUUCGAGGAGGAGGAUCUGAACUGUGAGGGCGAAAUGGAGCAUUUUCCAUCGUGGGAAAUCGAUAGCGACAUUGGCGCCGAUGUCGAUGUCGAUGCGGAUGGCGACUGUGAUGAGUCCACGGAGGACACGGCGCUGCUGCACUGCGCCACACGCACCGCGAUUGUUAUAACACCCAUUAGCCCAGUUAGCUCCGCACUCAAUCUGCAAAGUUUAAAUGACCAAACUACAACGCUUAAUAAAUCAAAUUUGCUUCCGCCAGACUCUGGCUAGUUAAAUGCAAUUGAAAUUAGUCGAUAUGUAAUAUCUCUAUAUAAUUGAAACUAUUUAAUAAGCAGAUGUGUGCUGCUGUUCCGACUAGCAGUUACGCUGUACCAAGCUCUAGAUAUCUAGAUCAUAAAUCGAAUCAAAACAUUCACAA